CAAUUGUUAGUUAUAUAAUUGCAUUUUUUUCUUCACAGUUUGUUGAAAAAGUGAAAAAGAAAAUCAAUAAUUGAAAUGAAUUUGGGUGAUGAAGUUGGUAAAAUAUUAACACCUACUGGUGAGCCAACAUUUAUUUUGCUAUCUCCGACACCUGUUCCUGGUGCGAAAGGGGGUAACACACAAAGUGUUAAUAUUUUGCCAUCUCCGACGGCUGAUUAUGCUGAUGUCGAACGAAGAAAGGAGCAGUCGAAGAAGCAUAUGGGUAGUAGAAAGUUGGAGAAUAUCAAAAAAGAAAAAUUCAUUACACUUUAAAGAACAAUGUCUGAGUGUCAAUAAUAAAAGGCGAAAAAUAAAUGUAGAUGCACUACAAAGCUCUAAAUUGAAGGGAUGCAAUUUAGUAUCAACGAUGAUCAAUCAGAGUCUGGACCAUUAUCAAAGAACUAUUCCGCAGAAGUUGAGCAGGAAAACACUAAAUUUUCUGGCAGUGACACCUCUGCUACUCAAGUUAUCAUGGAGGAAUCACCUGAAAGUAAUGUCAACUUGGCUAGCAUUGUAAGAACUGAUACUGAAGAGCGUUACCCUAGUGAAACAAGUUAUGGAGAUUGCAGUACCGGUGGGACUUCUCAUUUCGGAAAAGUUCUGCAGAAAAAUAAGUGUCUUAGAGUUGGCGAAACAAACAAACGGAAAAGAUGGAGGGGGAAACAUGAAAACACAGAAUUUGUGUCUGGACCUACCAGUGAAAGGAGCAGAGAAGAUCUUAACAUCGGUACAACUGUGUUGAAAGAUCAGCAAGCAUGUAUUUUGAUUUUAAUGGUUCAAAGUAGAACACAUAACAAGUAAAAGAAAAAAGAAAUCGGGAGUAGUGUUAAACAUUGUAGACGCCUUUCAUUACAGGUUUCUCCGAAUUGGUGCUUCCUGAAUAGGAUAAAGAAUAUAGAGGACAAGCAUGAACUUGACUUUGUUUUGAGGAACGAUUGUCAGUGGGUGUCUAUUGUGUAAUAUUUGUUACAAUAAAUCAUUUUGGUUCGACUCUUUUUCCAAUAUAAAUAGU